GAGAAGGAGGAAGGGAGCCUCAAAGGCCAAGGCCAGGCAGGACACCCCCUGGGAUCACACUGAGCUCGCCACAUCCCCAAAGCAGCUGAACCCUCUGCACCAACCAGCCCAGGUCAAACCUCAGAGGCCCUAUGGAGUUCCCUGGCCUAGGGGCCCUGGGGACCUCUGAGCCCCUACCCCAGUUUGUGGACCCUGCCCUGGUGUCCUCACUACCAGAAUCAGGGGUCUUCUUCCCCUCUGGGCCUGAAGGCUUGGAUGCAGCAGCUUCCUCCACUGCCCCAAACACCGCCUCGGCUGCAGCUGCUGCACUGGCCUACUACAGGGAUGCUGAGGCUUACAGACACUCCCCAGUCUUUCAGGUGUACCCACUGCUCAACUGUAUGGAGGGAAUCCCAGGGGGCUCACCAUACACCAGCUGGGCCUAUGGCAAGACUGGGCUCUACCCUCCAUCCACUGUGUGCCCCACCCGCGAGGACUCCCCACCCCAGGCCUCAGAAGAUCCGGAUGGAAAAGGCAGUUUCCUAGAGACGUUAAAGACAGAGCGACUGAGUCCAGACCUCUUGACACUGGGACCUGCAGUGCCUUCAUCCAUCCCUGUCCCCAGCACUGCCUAUGGGGGCCCUGACUUUCCCAAUAACUUCUUUUCUCCCACCGGAAGCCCCCUCAAUCCAGCAGCCUAUUCCUCCCCCAAGCUUCGUGGAACACUGCCCCUGGCCACCUGUGAGGCCAGGGAGUGUGUGAACUGCGGAGCGACAGCCACUCCACUGUGGCGGCGAGACAGGACAGGCCACUACCUGUGCAAUGCCUGUGGCCUCUAUCACAAGAUGAAUGGGCAAAACAGGCCCCUCAUCCGGCCCAAAAAGCGCCUGAUUGUCAGCAAGCGGGCAGGUACCCAGUGCACCAACUGCCAGACAACUACCACGACACUGUGGCGGAGGAAUGCCAGUGGGGACCCCGUGUGCAAUGCCUGCGGACUCUAUUACAAAUUACACCAGGUGAACCGACCACUGACCAUGCGGAAGGAUGGUAUCCAGACUAGAAACCGCAAGGCAUCAGGAAAAGGAAAAAAGAAACGAGGGUCGAGUCUGGGAGGCACAGGACCAGCUGAUGCACCGGCUGGUGGCUUCAUGGUGGUGGCUGGGGGCAGCGAUGGUGGGAAUUUUGGGGAAGUGGCCUCAGGCUUGACAUUGGGCCCACCUGGUACUGCCCAUCUCUACCAAGGCCUGGGCCCCGUGGUGCUGUCAGGGCCUGUCAGCCACCUCAUGCCUUUCCCCGGGCCCCUGUUGGGUUCACCCACAGGUUCCUUCCCCACAGGCCCCAUGCCUCCCACCACCACCAGCACUGUGGUUGCACCACUCAGCUCAUGAGGACACAGAGCAUGGCCUCAGAGCGGGGGUACGGUCCCUCUCCGCGUGGAGCCAGCAGUUUCUCUACAACCCAACCCUCUGGGCCCCCCACGCCCCUUGGUCUGGACCUUCAACGAUUUGUAAAAUAAAGCACCAAAGUCCUGAA